CAGGGAAUUGGGACUCCGAAUUGGAGAACCUUUCCUGACGGGCUUCCUUGAGCAUGCAGCUUGAGCUGUACUGAGCUGUCUUGGUAGCCUAGUAGUAGAUUAGAAUAGGUAGUUACAUACUGUUGCACCCAUUAGGGUGAGCGCUUUCUGAGGAGCUCCAUUAGGAGCUCAGAGUUUAUUUUCUUUUCCCCGGUUUUGCCACUUCUUAUCUACUGCAGUGCAGGUAUGGUUCCCACAUUUAGCUUGCACUUGACCAGCUGCGCGCCGCCUAAGGGGAUUCAUAGCGCAUGCAGGCACAUUUGCUGGUGAAACGGAGUACAAAAGGGCGAGCUGUUGCUGGAAUCUUCUCAAAUACACCUCUCCACUCCCGCUUGCACUUUCAGCUGCCUGACUAAGUAGAGCUCUCCUCGGCCAAGGGGUAAAUUCUGCCAGGCAAAAAUGCCCCCCGACGGGCAGAAGGACUCCUGCUACGUUCGGAUGGGGUCCUCCGUCCGCCCCGUCGAUCAGGACACUUCCGCAAAGCCCCAGAGCUCAAUUGAGGUGGUGCAGUAUCACGCGGCUGAUCUGCAGCGCAGCCCUAUUGACGUGCCCUGGGAGAAGAAAUGGACGCCUCUCCCCCCUCUGGAUCAAAUUCCACCGGAAGAGCGGAGAGAGUGGAUGGUCACCAAGAAUGAAGACAUCUUGGAGCUGAUCGACAGGGCAGCGGAAGGAGCGCCGGAGAAGGUGGCGAUCACGUGGCUGGGAGAGAAGGGGAAGGUGGAGGCGACCUACACGUUUGAUCAGGUCGCCAGGAAAAGCCACGGGAUUGCGCAGAAGCUGCUGCAGAAGUGGGGGCUCCGAUCGGGGGACCACGUGAUCCUGGUUUAUCCCCCCGGCCCGGAGUUUUUCAUUGCGUUCCUGGCAUGCAUGAGGGCAGGCGUUGUGGCGGUGCCGGUGUAUCCGCCCAGCCCGCUGAACCUGAAGGGCGACAUGUUCAAGCUGGACCACAUUGCCACCAACUCGGGCAGCAAGGUGGCGCUCACGACGGGGCUGUAUAAGAACGUGGUCCGAAUAUCCAAGCUGAGGGGGGUCAAGUGGCCGGUUAAGGACUGGUAUACCACCGACAAGGUCGAGGCCAUCAAGGGCAAGCCCAUAGCGUACCCUCCCCGCCCAAAGGGCCACCUGGCUUUCCUACAGUACACGUCAGGCUCCACCAGUGACCCAAAAGGUGUCAUGAUCACGCACGCCAACAUCGCCCACAACUCGGACAACAUCCGCAAGAACAUCCGCCUCGAUGCGCAGUCCGUCUUCUUGUCCUGGCUCCCCCAGUACCACGACCUCGGGCUCAUCGUCGCUUACAUCAGCACGAUGACAGCUGGCGCGUCAGGAAUCUUCAUGUCCCCCAUCACGUUCAUCAAGGACCCCCCCCUCUGGGUCGUCGGCAUGAGCCAGUUCCGCGCGACGCACACGGCGUGCCCCAACUUUGCGCUCGAGCUGGCGGUGCGCAAGUUCCGGCCCGAGGAGCAUGCGAAGAACGGGCUGGACCUGAGCCGGCUCGAAGCGAUGCUCAACUGCGCGGAGCCAGUGCGCAUCGACUCCAUCGAGAAGUGGAACGCGACCUUCGUCCCGUACUGUUUCCACCCUGCGGCCAUGUGCCCGUCUUACGGAUUGGCGGAACACACCGUGGGACUCCUUUCGUGGGGCAUCAAGAUGGUUCCGGCCGCGAGCGGUGACGGGCUGUUGCACUCGAGCGGGCACUGGAAAUGCCAGGGAGAGGAAGAGGGGGACGCCGUUUUUGUGGAUCCGGAUACGCUGGAGCUGAGGGAACCGGGCCAGGUGGGCGAGAUCUGGGUGCGCAGCGCGAGUGUCGCGGCCGGCUACUGGCAGCGCCCAGAGCACACGCAGGAAGCGUUCCGCGCCAAGGUCGCCAACAAGUCGGAGUGGGCGCACUACGACUGGCUGCGCACGGGAGAUUUAGGGUUCCGGUUAGAGGACCAGCUGUUCAUCUGUGGGCGGCUUAAGGACCUGAUCAUCGUGCGCGGGAAGAACUACUACCCGCAGGAUCUGGAGCUAGCGGCGACACUGGCGCUCGAGGAGGUGAUCCGGCCGGGGUGCGUCGCCGCGUUCUCGCUGAGCGACGGGCCGGGCAAGUUCCAAGACCAGGUGGGCCUGGUCGCGGAGGUCAAGAGCUCGAAGCUCCCGAUGCUUCCCCAGCGCGCGAUCGCGCUCAUCCGACAGGCCGUCAGCGAGAAGUACGGCCUGGAGCUCGCGCAAUUCGCGCUCGUCCAGCCGCGGACCAUUUGCAAGACGACAAGUGGCAAGAUCCAGCGAAGCAAAAACCGGGCGGCGCUCCUCGCGGGGACGCUCCAGAUCAUUUCGGGGGGAUUGUUUGUGGACGACGGAACGCUGCCGCGGCAGGGGGGGCGAGAAGGAGCGGAGGGCGUGAGGGGGGAGGAGGGGGGGGAGAAGGACGAGACGGACCCGUUCAAGAUCUUGGCGAGGUUUGGGGUUAAGGAACUUGACCGCGACGUGUUGAGCCAGGGGCUCGACUCGCUGCGGUGUAUGGAGCUGCUGGCGUAUCUGAAGAGGCACGCCAACAUCGAGAUCGAGCCCACGCUUCUUGCGACGGUGCCGGCCCGCCAGCUGGUGGACGGCACGUACCAGUCAACACCCCUCCGGGUCCAGCGACCCUCCCUAGAAGCACCCCUCCAGGGUCGCCCACUCCCGUACUUGGUAGUGUGCAUCAUCCAGACGGCGUUCAUUUUGCUGAUGGGCUUGCUCCUCGGCGCGGCCAUUAUUCCCACGUACCACUUCGUGGACCACGUGCUCGACACGCUCAAGACGCCCUUCUCCUACAUGACCAUUACCAGCGGAAACAAGGUGCACCGCCACAGCUUCCGCAUCUACGGCCUGCUGCUGCCGUUCGCGGUUCCCCUCUGGAUGGCAGCCUUCACCAUCGAGGUGCUCAUCGUCAAAUGGAUCGUCAUCGGGCGCUACCGCCCCGGCUGCCACGCCCUUAACUCCUGGUAUUUUUUGCGCUGGUGGUUCAUGGACCGCGUGCUGUACAUCUGGGAGGAGGUCGUCGGCGUCUACUGCGUCAACACGAUCGUGCUGAACCUCUUCUACAUAUUCGGCGGCGCGCACAUCGCGUGGAGCGCCAAGCUGGGGGCUUAUUUACACGAGUGGGCAUUACACCACGUGGGCCCCCAUGCCGAAGCCGACGGCCGGUUGGUCGCCCGGUUGAUAUCCCCGGGGAGGCUGUACCUGAAUAAGGUCAUCGUCGGCCGCGGAGCGGUGGUUUCCGAUCACACGGUCGUUCAACCGGGGGCCGUUGUCGCGCCCGGAGCAAAGCUCCGGCCGAUGACGGUUCUUCUCGAGGGGAGCGCGACGGAGCCGGACGUAACGUACCAGGGCAAUCCGGCCCGCGCUGUUACGCUGCGCGCACCGCUCAGUCGCGCGGGGUCGCCCAAGCGGACGAAAUGCGGCCGGAGCGAAGCGGAAGUGACCGGAACGAGCGGAAAGGAAUUGACCGGAACGACCGGAACGGAACUGACCGGAACGGAGGAGUCGGAGGACAAGAAUUGGUGGGUGCUCGAGGCGGCGAAGAUCGUGUUCGGGCUCCCGCUGAGCAUCUUCCUGUUCACGUACUGCCAGAUUCCGAUCAUGGCGGUCUUUGAGAUGAUUCCGCGUGGGCGGAAUCGGGCCGGAGCGGACUUUCGGUACAAGGCGCUCUUCUUCUUCGGGACGCUCAUCUUCGCGAGCAUGGCCGUCGGCACGUUCAUCACCAUCUGCCUCAAGUGGGUGCUCUUCGGGCGCGUGCGGCCGGGCCCUUACAAGGACACCAAAUGGCUCCAGUGGCGCAAGUGGUGGUUAGACCUGCUAACCGUGGUUUGCCAGCAUAACCUCCUCGACGUCCUCGAGUCCAGCUUCUUCGUCAACUUCUGGCUCUCGGCGCUCGGCGCGCGCAUCUGCGCGUCAACCAAGCUGCUGAUCAGCUAUACCAUCCGGCCAUACGAGGCCGACCUGCUUAUUGCGGAGCCGGACACGUUUAUCUCGGAGUCGUUUGUCAGCUGUGACGACGGGGAGGGCCACAGAGACCACGUGGUGUUCAAGCGAGGCUCCUGGACUGGCCUGGGCGCAGUGAUUGAGCAAGGCGUGGUCGUCGGCGAGGGCUCCGGCGUCGGCGCGGUGACGUACGUGGAGGGCCCGCACGAGGCGCUGGCGGGGGAGAACGUGAUGCUGUUCGGAAACCCCCCCAUCGUGCUGCAGCACAAGAAGGCGCAGGAGGCCCUGAAGCGGAUCAAGAUUGGCACUCUGAAGCUCGUCUUCUUCCACACCGUCGUUCUCCUCCAGCGCAUGGGCAUCCUGGGCAUCCUCGUCGUGUGCGCGAUUCCGGGGCUCGAGUUCGGCAUGGCGAUCCACCGCAGGGGGAUCCCCCUCGACGUGGAGCUACUCCUCUACGGGAUUGGCAUUCUGCUCUCGAUUGCCACGCUCGCGGUCACGUCCAUUGUGCUGAAGUGGGUCGCGCACGGGAAGUUCAGCACGGGUCCGCUGAAGCACUCGCUUUCGAUUGGUACAUACACGACCACCGACACGCUCGACAACUACAUGGUCUUCCGCUUCGUGUUCCCCUUCAUCAACGGCUCUUAUCUGGCGGUUCUCUUCCAUCGCGCCAUGGGCGGGCGCAUUGGCAAGAACUGCUUCAUGAACCCGGGCUCCUUCCGGGACCAUGACAUCAUCGCGGUCGGCGAUGACGUCAUCCUGGACGAGUGCCACGUGCAGGGUCACAAGUUUGAGCACGGACACAUCGCCUUUGACGUCACUGCCAUCGGCUCGGGGUCCACACUGCAACCGGAGGCGAUUUGCAUGGCGGGAGACACGCUGGAGGACGGGGCCACGCUGGCCUCGUUAAGCAAACCCUUCCCCGGGUUACCGUGCUCUGCGGACCGGUACUGGGUGGGGUCUCCAGCGGUUAAGGCCAAGGUUAUCCUGUCAAACGGGGAGGAGAUGGAGGAAGCCGACAGUGGCUUGGGAGGGGGAUACGAUAUGGAUGUUUAA